UUGUACCUAGCUAGGUCCAUUCCAUCACAAAGGAAGCAAACAGCUCUGAGAGAGAGAGAGAGAGAGAUGGAAGAUGAAGAAAGUGGUGGGAAUUCCAUAGCAACCUCUUCCCCGAGUCCAUUAAUAAACUGGUGGGAUCUUCAUGCAACUUCAUCGCUUUCAUCCUGGAGCGAUCAUCAUCAUCAUCAUCAUCCUGCUGCUGCUGCUGCAAACCCUGAUUCUAAUUCCUCCUCGUGCUGUGAAGAUCAAGACGUAUCAUCCCUCGCCGUCGAAUCCCCUCAUCGCCGCCUCAUCCACCUCUCCGCGCCUUCCUCCAAUUCCUUCAUCCCUUCACAGCCACAAGAUCAUCCCCUUUGGACUCACGUCUUAUUGGGUGUUGGUAGCAACGAGGAGGCACAAAAUAGCCAAGUUGGAGAGAACUUUAUGGACGCACUGUCGUCUAAAAGCAUGAUGAACGAGCCAGCGAGCAAUUACUUGAAGAAACUCGAUACGACAUGGGAAUACAACAACCACCACAACAAUAAUUCUUCAUGUUUGAUCAACAGUUCGAGUUUUGAUAAUCAGAAACAAUUGAAUGGGUUCAACGAGGCUGUGCUUGAGAGUGAAAGAUUGAGCAAGCUGGUCAGCACUUGGUCUAUUGCACCACCAGACCCACAACUUGAUACUCACCAUCAAACACACGGCAACAACAAUUAUAAUAACAACAUUAAUACUGUGAUUUUGAAUUCUUCCAUGGAUCAUUCUGGGGGUUUUUCUUCAUACGGUGGUCAUGACAUGAAUGUUAAGCAAGAACAUCACCACCACCAUCAUCAUCCGAGUGAAGCACCAUCAGCACAAGGUUUGUUCGGAUAUCAAAAUAAUGGAUUAUUUAACAGUCAUGAAUCGUACGGGAUGCCCAGUUUGUCUUCGUGUUCAAGAAAUUUGUCAGAUGUUAUAUCUUUCACUGGAAGGAUAGGUCUGCCGGUCAUCGGAAUUCAUGCACUGAAACCCAGUUUCCGCCCUCCGUUGAUGAGCGUAUCUGACUCCAAGAAGCAGGCUUUCCAGACAUCAUUGCCGACAAGGACAGGCAAUGGAAGAGGACAAGGGAGCGCCACUCAAGUAAAGAAGAAAAGAACAGAUGACUCAUCAGAAGCAAUCUUGAAGAAGCCAAAGCAAGAAACUUCCACAGCAUCUUCUACAAAGGUGCAAGCACCGAAAGUCAAGCUAGGCGACAAGAUUACAACCCUUCAGCAAAUUGUGUCGCCAUUUGGAAAGGUCACUACAUAUUGCACUAACACCAUUUUAUUCUUUUUCUCUUUUUUCUUUUUUAUAUUAUUUUUACAAGAACAAGUCCAGCUACUGAGCAACUCUUACAUGAAGACCAACCCAAACAAGGAAACAUGGGGAAGCAUGGAGAGAAAAGAUGAAAUAGAGAUGAAGGGAGAGCUGAGGAGCAGAGGGCUUUGUUUAGUUCCAAUUUCAUGGACUCCUCAGGCUUACAGAGACAACACUGCCCCUGACUACUGGACUCCUGCUUACAGAGGUUGCUUCUUUCGGUAGCUUCAUUCAGCCACUCACUGUGUGAACUUCUCUUUUCAUUUUACUCAAUCAAAUCUUGCUUAUGUCCACCAUCACACACAUGCUAGCUAAUCAAUAAUUAUAUAUAUAUAUAUAUAUAUAUGUAAUGAGAACUUAAACAAGCAGCGCACAUGUCGUUUCUGAUAAAAUGUGGUAAUUCAUUUCACUUAUAAUAUAA